AUGACGGUCGCAUCAGAAAAUGCGUCGCAACGACGAGUGACGACCCCGACAGCGCCCACGAUUCGCCUUGAUCGCCUGCCCUCAGAACUGCGGCUCAAGAUAUGGUCGUGCUCUGUCGAGCCGCGCAUCGUGUUGCUGAACGAUCUCGUCCACCAGGCCAAGUCGUACCCGCUACCGGUGGUGACGCAGCUCAACGCGGAGGCGCGUAGCGAAUCGCGAGAUGGUUAUGAGCCUGUCGGCCGCGGAUCCUACUUUGAUUUCUCACGAGACAUACUCGUCUGCGACUACCGGCUAGCAGACCAGACUCAUCCUGACCCGACUACCGAGAAGCUGGCGCCCCGGGUCGAACGGGUUGUAUUCUGGGACUGCGCCCCUGACGAGGAAUCCAUCAAGUUCCCCGACCUGUACUCGGAGUACCUCACGACAUGCUACCACCAGAAGCGCUUCGGCCAGGUCAUCUUUGACAGGUUCUGGUUCCCCAACGCCCGCGAGUUCUGGUCCGUCAAGGUCGGCGAGGUCGACAAGAGCUGGAUGGUGCAUGCGGAUUGCGCUGCGCCGCUGGAGGUAAGACUGCAACAGUCGGCGCGCGAGUUUCGCUACUGGGUGGAGGACAACAUUAUCGAGAUUGCGCCCCUGGACCUCAGCAACACCGAGGCUCGCUUCAUACUACGGGAGGGUCGCUGCGCCAAAGAGGACUGCCACGAGCUCAAUGCCGGUCGCAUACACAUCGUCUCCAAGGUCAACUUGCUCGACGGGAAAUACAACGCGCCGGACGACGGGAGGGCUUGGGUCCGCGUCCUGCCGAGCUCAGGUGGCAGCGCCACCUCCCGUGCUGCCGUCGACAGGAUGCGAUGGGCCUUUGUCGAAAGAAGCCUGACCUUUUUUCUUCGGCACGACGUUGCGGACGAAUCCGGAAGCUUCUCCAGGAGGCGCAGGUGUCCCGGAUGA